GAGCAUCAGUAGUGUCCAAACAUCCCGUCAGCCGCGCACGUCGUGCCUGACUUUCUCUUCUCUCCUGGGUUUGGCUGGGGGUGAUCGCCUCUCCACAUCAUUUAUCAGGACUCUCUUUGCUGCUGCCGCCGCCGCCGCUGCCGCUCCCGCUGCUGCUGCUGCUGCUUUUUUCUUUUUUCAAACCAAGCGAUUCGUCCAAAAAAAAAAAUAUUAAAGUGCUGGCUUGUUCUUUAACCUCACCAGGGUCAAUGUAUAUAGACGCGUUCAAGCGGAUCCUCUUUGAAAGGCUGAACUGCUUGAAAAGAAUGUGUGUGUGUCAGCGGCAUGGCAGCUCGUUUGCCAUGUCUAAGACAGCGGUGAAGAAGCUGCACUGGCGGUCCAACGUUCAGGACACCUUCGUGCCCUUGCUUGGCGCGUCAGGAGAGGUGGGGGUCGCGAUUGGUGGUGGAGCGGAUUAUGGAGAGUUUCCUUUUGUCACGUCGGCUCCAGGCGGCGGGCUCACAGUGGGGGAUAUCAUCCUAGAGAUCGGGGGAACACCUGUACUGGGGAUGACUUUAGGAGAUGUCCGAGGAGUCCUCAACUCCUGCCCCCAUCCUAUCCGUAUCAAAACCGUUUCACCAGGCUCCACAUUGUGCAAAGAUCUCAGGUUAUAUCUGAGUAAGUGCUUCACACCCGGCUCAGUGGACAGCCAGCUCCAGCAGGUCAUCAGAGAGAACCUCUACCUCCGAGCAGUGCCCUGUACGACCAGAAAACCCAGAGAUGCGGAGAUAUCAGGGGUAGACUACAACUUUGUCUCAGUUGAGGAGUUUUUCUCCUUGGAAGAGUCCGGAGCGCUGCUUGAGAGUGGAAAAUUCAAAGGGAAUUACUACGGCACGCCUCGGCCGGUUCACAUAGGUCCAGAGAGUCCCCCCAUCACCUACCAGGAACACCGUAACCUGCUCAGAAACUUUCGCACGCGCAGCAAGUCCCUCAGCAACCUGGAAAAGGUUGCAGACGACGGCAUAAACGGCGAGGACGACUUCGGUGUCAGCAUUCCUAUUGGCCACCGGUCCCCUGGUAGGCCCCGGGCAUCCAGCAGCGGAGGGGAGGGCCAUGGCAUAGAGAAUGGCAUCAUCGGCAGCAGAAGAGGGGCAAGAAUCAGAGGCAUGAUGCCCGAUCACUGGGAGCAGGCCUUCAGUGAUCCUGGAGAACCACUUUACAUAGAGCGCAGCCCGAGGAGAACCAGCUGGCUUGGUCCUCGUCCCUCAAGCAGAGACUCCAACUACAAAAAUGAAUGGUUCACGGACCAGCCUGAGGACCUCAGGGGUUUCCCUGUCCAUGCACACUUGAUCAAGGGCUCCAGAGGGUUUGGUUUCAACAUAGUUGGGGGCAGCAGGCCGGGAGAGUUUCUCCAGGUGUACAGCGUGACAGCGAGCGGCCCCUCCACUCUUAAGACAGCGGACAUACUCGUGUACAUCAACGAUGCUUGUGUGUUGGGAAUGUCUCACAAAGAGGCUGUAGAGAUGCUCAAAUCAGUGCCUGUGGGCCAUAGCAUAGACAUAGAGGUGAGAAGGGGGUAUCCAAUGCUCUACAACCCCGAUGGACGUCCCAAGCAUCCCUCAACACGAUUACUGGACGGUGACGACCACGAUAUGGCACCUACCACCACCCAGCCACAACCUCUUCACCAGCUACCUCGCCUUUCAACACCUUCGCCGCAGAGCCAGCACUAUAAUGGUUUUCACGGCGACAGAGGCUACGUGGAACAUACCGUGGCUCUCGACGCCAAUGGAAAUGCCACAUCCUACGCGUCCCGACUGCCUCCGCCGUACAGACGCUCCAGCGUGAGCAACGCUGCACCAUUCUCCCCGGUUCGGCCGCCCCGCUCGCACAGGAGUUUAGCCCGGCUGCAGUCGCUGGACCCGACGUUGGCCAGCCAGAGUGACAGUGAGGUUGUUUCUGCAGUGGGUUCGCACAGGGCGUCAAUGAUCCGAAAUCACAACAAUAACUCCCUUACGACGCCACAGCAUCAUUUACGUUACGGAACAUCAAAGUCGUCUGAAAGUGACCUGUCCACCUGCACGGUGCCAGGGACCCGGCUGCCACUCCCCGAGUCCCCACGGAGACCCUCGUCUUCCCCCAGCGGUCCACGCAGCGCUCACUCCCACCUUUUUGGACCGCAGACCUCUCAUCUCAGACCACCUCCCACCCGAGAAAGCCCUCCCCACCAUGAUGUCAAUGGUUUUUACGGCAACAGCAGCCCGACUGCCAGCCCCAACAGCGUCUCCUCUCCUGGCGCCACAAGCGUGGGCAGUGGGUUUGGGGGGUUCAGCGGAGGGGAACUUGUUCCUGUCGCCUUGGCGCAAACUGAUGGAGACAGGGGCCUCGGGUUUAGCCUGAUGGCUGGUGGUUCUGGUGGCAGGUUGACUGUAGUGGAGAGGGUAUGGGACCGAAAGCAGUGCAACUCCUUACAGCCAGGCGAUGCUGUUGUGAAGAUCAAUGGAGCUGACGUCCAGAGUCUCAGCCCCAUGCAGAUCCAAACAAUCCUGCAGGAGCACACAAAACAGGGAGAAGUAAUUCUGCUGGUUUACAGAGGAGGCACCUAUCACUCAUCUGUUUCCCCGGGCUCUGUUCGGAGGCUCCCUCCACCUCAGCUACGUCCUCCUCCUCCUCCCGUUGACUCGAACAAUACGUCCCUGCUCCCAGAAGCGCUGCCCGUGCCCCGCACCUCCACAAGCAACCCUCCCUCCCCGCUCCUCACGAGUUCCUCUCUGGUCCAGAGCACCAGUUUUCUGGAGUCGAUUCCAGUGACCCUGACCAUGGAGCCCAAAGACUGGAUCGACAUUGGCCUGGAAGACGAGGCUGGCGGUGGCGUGUCGGUACCCGAAGCAAGUCUGGAGAAGCGAAAGGGCGAACGAACGCGCCGCUUCAGAGGGUUGGACGUGGAACUGAAGAGAAAGCCAGGAGAGGGAUUUGGAUUUGUGAUUGCCUCUCAGGACUUGGAGAACGGGCGAGCUAAGCAAAGAGCCAUGCUGGAGAGACUGCAGUCUGCUUUGAAAACUGUGAAAGAGUCUAAACCCGCGUCCCUUCUUCCUCACCGCUUCGUCACCGUCCGGCGCGGCAGCCCCGCAGCAAAGAGCGGCCAGAUCCGGCCCGGAGAUCGUCUGGAGGCCGUGGAAGGCCGCUCGGUGGUGACUCUGCCUCAUCGAGAGCUCGCUCAGAUUCUCCGCAGGGCAGGAAACACUCUCCGGCUAACCAUCGUGCCCCGGCCCAGCACCCAUGCUUCAAAUAACGCAGAACCUGCCGACCAUGAUCAUGGUCACAGAAGCAGAAAGGGUCAGAGAUCACGCCCAAAGCGUGACUCCAGGUAUUACAGCGUGGACCUAGAUCGGGGGCCUUCAGGCUUUGGCUUCAGCCUCCGAGGGGGAAGUGAGUACAACAUGGGCCUCUAUGUCCUGGGACUGAUGGAGGGGGGUCCUGCGUCACGGAGCCAAAAGAUACAGGUGAGCGACCAGCUUGUGGAGAUCAACGGAGACAGUACGACCGGGAUGACCCACAGCCAGGCCGUGGAGAUGAUCCGCCGAGGAGGCCACCGAAUCCACCUGGUCCUCAAGAGGGGCAACGGCUACGUGCCUGAUUAUGCCCGUGAGCACAGAAUCACCUCCCCCUCCCUCCUGUACAACCCCAAAGAGCAGAGUGUGGCUGCAGUAAACUCCGCCGGAAGGAGGGGGCGUCGCUCCAAGCAGAAGAGGAGGAGCAGAUCAGUCGGAGACGCGGGGGAGAAUGGGACGGGAAGGAGCAGAGGACGGAGCAGAAGAAGAAGAAGGGGCUCAGUAGGAGGAGAACGCUUACGGAGCCCCAUCUCCGAGCGGCGGGAGAGGUCCCGGGAGGAUAAGGAGAGGAACAGGAAAAGGAGAUCUCAGAGUUUACCAAGAGAUAUUAUCAGGGAAUAUGAUUAUGGUCAUGAUGAUGAGACAGUAAGUAGUAGAAGAAGAGACAAGGAAAGAGGGAGGAGCACACAGAGAGGGAGAGAAAGCAGGAGUCAGGAGAGGAGGAGGAGGACAGAGAGGCAGGAGGAGGAGGAGGAGCUUGAGGCAUCUGCUGCGGAGCAGUGGCAGGAGGAAAGACUGCAGGAACUGGAGGGAAGAGUGGACUUGCUAGAGAGUGAAGGAGAUGACGAUGUUUUCCUACCUAUUCCAAGCCCGAUCCAUAGACUUCCCAGACCCAAGGAAAACUGGGGUGCGAGAACCGAUGAGAACUGGGACAUGGCCGCAGAGUACAGGGGCCUAAGGAGGGGCGAGGAGCAGGAGAGGUUCCAGGGUGAGGCUCCGGGAGCCGAGCCGGAUGAGGACGGGGAAAGCUACGACGCAGAGUCGGUGAACUCUGAGAGGCCUUUACCAGGCGUCGCCGUGGUAGAUCCAGCGUUGCAGAAGGAGCCCUUCUCCUUCCUUACCUCCGCGCAGUCCGCAGACCAGCUGUGGGAGGCCGAGUCAGAGUCUGGGGACAGUCAGUCUGAUGUCAGCCUGUCAGCCGCCAGCAUUUCAGGCCAUUCUGUGGCCGCCGGGAAGCUGCCGGGCCCGUGGCUUGUGCCGGCUCCGCGCAGGCUGGUUCAGUUCGUAGAUGAUAAACACGGGACAGGGCAGAGGGGAAGAAAAAGCGCUCUCUCCUGAUUCUUAUUCGGGAACAAAUCCCACAGCAUUUAAAUCACCCCCCCCCCCCCGCGCCAGAUCCUGUUUCCCCACCUCGACUUAUUUUCUGCAACUAGCAGCAACCUUUUCUGAGUCACUUUAACACAGUAGAGCUCGUAUUCUUUGUGCCUUUCUGCAGCUGAUGUCUGGGUGAUGUUACGUCACAUUUCAGCUUCCAGCCCCCCCUCCCCCCCCCCCACAUGGUAAAUGUAUUUCCAGGGCGCUGUAGCAUAUUCAGUUCAAAACCUUACUUUGAUUAGCCACUCAGGCGCUUCACUGGCUUCUCUGUGAGUGUCCGCUCUCGAUAACGGCAAAGACUUUUACCUCAUGAAGAAACUGAGCAAUAAAAACGCCGCGACUGUCCCAGACUAUCAGCCGUCCAUAUGCACUCCACUGCAUCUGUGUGACAUGUCUGUACAGAAAGUCUUACUGUGUGUGUGUGCGUGUGGAGCCCCCUCCCCCCUUUUAUUUUUGAAGUUUCUGUAUUCUGUAAAUAUCUGUAAAGAAAUAAGUCAAGAGUUUAUUGUAAAUAUAACUAGAGAUGCCCUGAUUUGUAUACCUUUAUCGAAAAAGUCAUGAUAAGUCUAUAUAUUUAAAUAUAUUUACCGGACAAAUGUGUACGUUACAAAUAAGCGGUAACAGAUCGUUUUUAUUGUUGUGCGAUGAUGUGAAAAUCGGUACAUACCUUUUGUAAACAUACAG